AUGGACGUGGUGAAUCAGCUGGUGGCUGGGGGUCAGUUCCGGGUGGUCAAGGAGCCCCUUGGCUUCGUGAAAGUGCUGCAAUGGGUCUUUGCCAUCUUCGCCUUUGCCACAUGCGGCAGCUACGACGGGGAGCUCCGGCUGAGCGUGGAGUGUGCCAACAAGACCGAGAGUGACCUCAGCAUUGAGGUUGAAUUUGAGUACCCCUUCAGGCUGCACCAAGUGUACUUUGAUGCACCCAACUGCCAAGGGGGUACCACCAAGGUCUUCCUAGUGGGGGACUACUCCUCAUCAGCUGAAUUCUUUGUCACCGUGGCUGUAUUUGCCUUCCUCUACUCCAUGGGGGCUCUAGCCACCUACAUCUUCCUGCAGAACAAGUACCGAGAAAACAACAAAGGGCCCAUGCUGGACUUUCUGGCCACUGCGGUGUUUGCCUUCAUGUGGCUAGUUAGCUCAUCUGCCUGGGCCAAGGGGCUGUCAGAUGUGAAGAUGGCCACGGACCCAGAGAACAUCAUCAAAGAAAUUGCUGUCUGCCGCCAGGCAGGGAACACGUGCAAGGAGCUGAGGGACCCUGUGACCUCAGGGCUCAACACCUCUGUGGUGUUCGGCUUCCUGAACCUUGUGCUCUGGGUCGGCAAUCUAUGGUUCGUAUUCAAGGAGACAGGCUGGGCCGCUCCAUUCCUGCGCGCACCUCCUGGCGCCCCAGAGAAGCAACCGGCACCCGGGGAUGCCUAUGGCGAUGCGGGCUAUGGGCAGGGCCCAGGCGGGUAUGGGCCCCAGGACUCCUACGGGCCCCAGGGCGGCUACCAGCCCGACUACGGGCAGCCAGCUGGCGGCGGUGGCUACGGGCCCCAGGGCGACUAUGGGCAGCAAGGCUACGGCCCACAGGGUGCGCCCACCUCCUUCUCCAAUCAGAUGUAAUCUGGUCAGUGCAGCCCCGAAGAACUCCUGGGUGGGCAAGAGCUCAGGAGAAGGCCUGCCCCCCUUCUUGCCCCUGUACCCUAGGUCUCCACCCCUCAAGCCAGGAGACCCUAACUGUCUUUGCUGUUUAUAUAUAUAUAUAAUAUAUAUUAUAUAUAUAAAUAUCUAUUUAUCUGUCUGAGCCCUGCCCUCACCCAUUUCCUUCAUGCACUAGGGGCCCAGUCUUGAGUGGGCUCCUCCCUUACCCUCACCUCUUCCUCUACAUCCCUCAGCCCCUCUCUGUUCCUGGCCCUGUUCCCUGAGGUUGAGGGGCACUGGAAGGGGGACAGGGAGGAGACAGGCCUCGGCUGUGAGGGGGAGGGUGGGUGUGAUUCCAUACUCUCUCCCCUUUCCACUCCCAGCCUCCUAACUCUGGCCUUGGUUCCUCUAGCAAGUCCUGAACAGAAGCUGUAAUAGGAAAUUCAACUCCUAGGGUAGGAGAAAGGCAGAGAUCAGGAUGGAGGUUUGGAGAAGAGUGGACAGCUUUGGACCCAAGGUGGUCUUGGAGGAGAGCUGUGAAAUGGAGGGGACUAGUCAGCAGGGGUUGGGGUCCAGACUUGCUCUAUCUGGAGUCUAAGGGAAGAGUCCCUAAGGCAUUCUGGGGUGGGCUUGGAAGGGGUGAGGGCGUUGCUCCAGAAGGUGUGAGCUUUAGGUGAGCUGGACAGUGGGCUCCGGAGUGGGAAGGUCUUGGAUUGGAACUGUAAUUGGAACAUUCAGGAGUGAGCUUGAGUAUAAAAGGAAUAGGUCUUGAGUGGGGCAAGAAGUGGGGUUUGGGAAAGGGCCAAGUUCAGGGUGAGGUUCUAGUGAGGGUUCCAGAUAAGGCAGGACUUACAGUGGGGCUUGUGUGGUGGUUUUGGAAGGAGCAGUCCUUCCCCAAAAGGAGCAGUAAAAAAAGUGUUUUAAAGUGAGAGGGUUUGGCCAAUGGGCGAGGGCAGAAGCUGCACGGUGAAUUUGGUUAAAGGUAGGGGCGAAUGUGCCUGGCCAAGGCUGGGGAACCACGGUGGCCUGGGAAGAGCUGAGUGAUAAGGCUUUGAGGGUGAGGGGUGGGAUCCAGACAGAAAUACUCCCCACCCUGCCCGCACCCUACCUCAGACAGCUAGGUAAUCAGAGGACAGAGCCAAUGGGUCUGUGGAGCUGGCCCACCCCUCUUCCCUCUUCCCCUGCCCCCUCCCUCCUGCCACACCUCCACCCAUCCAGGGGUGGUUGGAAGCCUGGUCUGGAGCCCCUAUCCUGCACCCUCUGCUGUGUCUGUGAUGUUGGUAGUGCCUGUGAUCGUGUGUUGCCAUUUUGUCUGGCUGUGGCCCCUUCUCCUCCCCUCCAGACCCCCCCUUCCUGCACCCUUCGGUAUUGUUUGAAGACCCCCUCCCAAGGAAGAACAAACAUGAGUAAUUCUCCCCAAAUAAACUCCUCAACCACCUAGUC